GUUUCAGAAUUUCCUGUUGCGUGUCAAAUUGUCGCGGUGACAGACUGCACGUGAAAGAUAGUCCAUAGAGUGGAAGCUCCAAUAAAGCUGUUUUCUGUGACCAGCACUUUCCAGCUACUGUAAAAGUGAUACUGUUUUGAGAUGUCCACAGAAAUUCCGGAAAUAUUCAAAGCCUUGCUUGAGUACCCCUUCUCAGUCCCAUCGAUUGAUGACUACGAAAAUGACAAAGAGAAGCUCUUGGGAGAGGGUGUGGACUCUGAAGGGGUCAGUGGAAUGGGGCCAUCAGCUGCCUUAACACCUGCCAUCUGGGAUAAGACCAUUCCCUAUGAUGGCGAAUCUUUUCAUCUGGAAUACAUGGAUCUGGAAGAAUUUUUUAUGGAGAAUGGCAUUUCUGGAACAGGGGAUGAGGGUCAGCAAAAGAGUGUUGCAAAGGAAAACUCGACUGAAAAGCUAUCCACAACCCCUACAAUGAAGACUACCCCAGCAGCCCCGGUCUCUCUCAUGCCUGUCAUGGAACUGGAUCAAUGUGAGGAGGAAGUGGUCACGAUCAUAACAUCGAGUUCUGGCUCAACAGACACUGAAUCAGACAAGGACCGUGUGACGCCAGAUCCCAUUAAUCCAGAUGAUAUUGAGGUAGAAGUCAACUUCCAGCCAGAUCCCACAGACCUCGUGCUUUCCAGUGUACCUGGAGGUGAACUGUUUAAUCCCCGUAAACAUCGCUUUUCUGAGGAAGAACUGAAACCACAGCCAAUGAUCAAGAAAGCCAAGAAAAUAUUUGUUCCUGAUGAGCAGAAGGAUGAGAAAUACUGGCAGCGGAGGAAUAAGAAUAAUAUUGCAGCCAAACGUUCACGGGAGGCCAGGCGCCUGAAGGAGAACCAGAUCACAGUACGAGCAGCCUUUCUGGAGCGAGAGAACACCGCACUGAGGCUGGAAGUGGCUGAGCUGCGCAAGGAUUUUGGGCGAAGCAAGAAUGUUGUGGCCCGCUACGAAGCCAAAUACGGACCACUUGGACCAGCUGAAGACCUCUAAACAAUUAUUGAUUUAUUUGCAUUGUUGAAAAGCAAUAAAUGAAUAAUGGUAUAGAAUAUGGAGGGCUAAAUAGUAAGGGUAUUUAAAAGAAGAUGAUGGAGGAGAAGAUGGGAGAUAAGUGAAUGAAUGAUUCAAUCAGUAGAGCUAGGUUAUAUUUAUAUGCUUAUACUGAUGAAUCCUGUCAAAUACUCGUAUCAUUUAAGCUUGCCUUCAAUGCAACUGCAUACACAAUAUAUCUGAUUUAACUUUUAAGUGCUUUUUUGUAGCGCACCAGUUUUGAAAAUGUUCUUACCCCCCUUUUUUUUAAACUAUAUAUAUGGUGAGUUUUAGGGGAUAAUCUGUAUUGAAGUCAUGGUCACUGUUUUUUUUUUUUUGUUGUUUUUUUUUUUACAGGUGUGUAUAAAAAUGACUAGUACUGACUUCAAUACUCUCUUCUAUAUUAACGUUUUGUUUUGGGGGUUUUUUUUGUCCUUGACUUUUCCGAAAUAUUGCAUUAAUUCUAAGAAUUCUUUUGGAACGUUUGGUACAGUGUACCACACAGUGGUACAUUUUUUUGCUGCAACAGUAGUGAAAAUGUUGUCAUUAUUCAAAUAAGGUGAGAAUGUAUCACAUUAUAUUCUACGUUGAUCAGUGCAGACGUCCUAAAUUGUAAACAGGAAUUGUAAAUUUACCAUGUUUUUGUGCUGCAAAAAUUGUCAAUGUUUGUCUGUCAUCAAGUACUACAGUUCAGCAGAACAUUUAGUGAUGAUAUGUGCAUCAUAUUUCUGCAAAACUUUAAAAAAUAUAAACAUUUAUAGUAUUUUAUAGUCUUUAAGAUCAGUAGUAGUAUAACAUCUCAUUGAAAAUUUUGUUAUCUGCUCUUCGAGCUCUUGGCAUUGCCUAAAAACAUACAUCAUGUUUACUACACAAUGGAAGCUCACACUAUCCAUCGAGGUCCAGAAAUAAAACUCUGUACAUGUGACUGAUCUUUUUCUCUCUGCUCAGAACUGAGCUAAACAAAUAAGUGCUGGUAUAGAAAGGAGCUUUUUUUUCUUAUUCAUGUGCAUCAUAUAUACAUACAUUUUUUAUUUUUAUUUUUUUUUUUUUCAGCUAACUUCAAAUAUUUUACAAAAAUAAGUCUAUGGAUUCACAUGGGCAGUGUGAACCAGACAACUCUUAACUCAGUCAACAUGGAUCCGUAAGUGUCUUUAGCUCUUUAACUCGAACCUCUUGUAAAGCAAUCAACAUUGGCUUGCAAAUUUACUGUACUGUUGGUCACUUCUCCUUGAGCUUCCUUUCUGAAGAGAGAGGGAAAGAUGAGAAAAUAUGAUCAAAUGGGGCUUGAUGGCUGGUUUGAAAGAAUUUUUGUUGCUUUUAUGUCUUUGCUGUUCCAUGUUGUACAUAUAAUUAAAGAACUCAAUGUG